AUGCAAACAGUCGACAUGCCAAUGAAGCACGCAGAGGGCGUUUUGUUAGGAACCGCCUCGAUUGUUGGGAUUAAGUACAACGGCGGUGUUAUUCUUGCUACUGACACUUUGGCAUCGUAUGGUUCGAUGGUCUAUUCAAAUCAGAUUAACCGAAUCGACCGCCUUGGCAAACACACCAUCAUCGCUGCAAGUGGGGAGUUGAGUGAUUACCAAGAAAUCAAAAACGUUAUGAUGAAAAAGGUCAACGGCGAGAGCACCACUGACGACGCCGAAGAAGAUGAAGAAGAUAAAAAGAACAGCGGGAAAGGGUUAGGCCCAAAGGAGCUUUUUUCCUAUUUGAAUCGAAUGAUGUACCAAAAACGAACUGACAUGAAACCACUUUACAACACCGUCGUUGUUGCGGGCGUGAAAGACAAAAAGGUGUUUUUGGGACAAACUGAUAUGUACGGAACUUCAUUCGAGGAAAAUUAUGUGUCGACUGGGAUUGGCGCGCAUAUGGUUAUCCCUUUGAUCAGAAAGGAAUGGAAUGCCGAAUUCACUCAGGAACAAGCACUUUCGCUGAUUAAAAGAUGCUUCCAAAUUCUCUAUCUCAACCAUUGCUUCGCAGGUAAAAUGUACAAAACAGCGAUCGUCACAGAUAACAAAGUUGAGAUGUCAGAACCUAUCACCAUCGACACAACAGGAAGAUGGGACAUUUUCUAUUAA